CCGACUUUGUGGGUCCCAUGUCUGAGGCUCCUGUAAUCCCAGGUUCCUUCAAGACUGGCUUCGAGAUGGCGUGGGAUCCCCUGGGCCGGAUUCUGUGCUGGCAAAAUGAGGGUGAGCCUGUCGGCCACAGACUGUUACAUUGUGCAUGAGAUCUACAACGGGGAGAACGCCCAAGACCAGUUUGAGUACGAGCUGGAGCAGGCCCUGGAAGCCCAGUACAAGUACAUCGUGAUCGAGCCCACACGCAUCGGUGACGAGACAGCCCGCUGGAUCACCGUGGGCAACUGCCUACACAAGACCACCGUGCUGGCGGGCACCGCCUGCCUCUUCACCCCGCUGGCGCUGCCCCUGGAGUACUCCCACUACAUCUCCCUGCCUGCGGGCGUGCUGAGCCUGGCCUGCUGCACCCUCUACGGCAUCUCCUGGCAGUUCGACCCCUGCUGCAAGUACCAGGUGGAGUACGACGCCUACAAACUGUCCCGACUGCCCCUGCACACGCUCACCUCCUCCACCCCGGUGGUGCUGGUCCGGAAGGACGACUUGCACAGAAAGAGACUGCACAACACGAUAGCGCUGGCGGCGCUGGCGUACUGUGUAAGGAAGGUUUACGAGCUCUGCGCCGUAUGAUCGGGGCAGCGCAGGGGGAGCAGGCAGCCCGGCCCGCGAGGUGGCAGAGUGGAGCCCGGGAAGGCGUCUGGCUGCACGUUGGUUAUUUUAAAGAAAUAACAGAUCACAAGUGUACCAGGGGUUUUUUCAGCUCAUCACAUUAAGAUGUGGAUUCCCGUAACCCGCGGGGGCCUGAGGUUGUGGAAGGCCGACCAGGCAGUAGGAUGUGAUGGAAGCAACGCUACUGAGGGGAUGUGAACGCGCUUGGGGGGUCGUUAAGUAUGUUGUUUAACUGUACCAUCCAGAGCCAACCAGAAGCUAUUGACCAUUAAAAUUAUAAGAAUUUCA